AUGAAGUCCAUUCUAAAGUUGGGCAUUUUUGUUUCAUUAAUUUCGAUAUCUCGAGGAAAUGAAGAGGAAGCCGUAAGUAAAAAUUUAUUGUGGUUUUAUUUUUACAGAAAUUUGAACCUGGAACAUUCGAAAUACCUCAAUUGAAAUCUGAAAAAGUCCACUUUGUUGAAGUUUUCGAAGAAGUUGACGGGUUUAACACAAUUUGGAAGAAAUCUCAAGCUAAGAAGGAAGGUGCAGAUGAGUCGUUGGCUAAGUAUGAUGGUAUCUGGGAAGUUGCUUCUCCAUCGAAGAUAGUGUUGGAGGGAGACCUCGGAUUGAUUGUUCGAUCGAAAGCUCGGCAUCAUGCAAUUGCUGCCAUCCUUCAAAAGCCCGUUAAGUUUGAAGAUGAUGUGAUUGUGAUCCAGUAUGAGGUCAAAUAUGAGGAAGGACAAGAAUGCGGUGGGGGAUACGUUAAAUUGUUGUCCGAAGGAGCGGAAAAGGACAUCUCUAGCUUCACUGACCGAACUGACUACACCAUUAUGUUUGGUCCAGAUAAAUGUGGGCCUCAAAGCAAGAUCCAUUUCAUUUUAAAGGUCGCAAACCCGAUUAACGGAACUGUCAGUGUAGGUUGGCCCUUGCCUUGAUGAGUUUUUAGGAGCACCACGCGCCUCAACCAAAGAAUAUUCCGGAUGUUACCGACAAGAAAACUCAUCUUUUUACCCUCAAAUUGAGAAAAAAUAACGAUUAUGAAGUUCUUUUGGAUGGGAACUCACUUUAUUAUGGAAGUAUGAUGAGGGUGAGUAUAACAAUUCCGAGCUAGAAUGUUUUGCUUUUAGGAUCUUCAACCGCCGGUCCAACCUCCAGAAGAAAUCGCUGAUCCCGAUGAUAAGAAACCAGAAGAUUGGGAUGAAAGGGAAUUUAUCAAUGAUCCCGAAGCCAAGAAACCCGACGAUUGGGACGAAGCUGCGCCAAAAGAGAUCGUUGAUGAGAAUGCUGUAAAACCUUCUGAUUGGCUUCAAGAUGAGCAACCUCUAGUCCCAGAUCCUACUGCUCAGAAGCCAGAGGAUUGGGAUGACGAAAUGGAUGGAGAAUAUGAGCCCAAGCUGCUGGCUAAUCCGAAAUGUGAGGGGGUUAGUGGUUGUGGAAAAUGGGAGAAACCAAUUAUUCCCAACCCAGCGUACAAAGUAAGAUUUUUUUGUGAUCAACUAAAACGGUCUGAUUUUUAAUCUUCUAGGGUCCUUGGUCUCCUCCAAAAAUUGCCAACCCAAAUUUCAAGGGAAAAUGGUUCCCUAGAAUCAUCAAAAACCCGAACUAUUUCGAGGCAAAUCCUUAUCAACAACUAAAAACCAUUACUGCGCUUGGUUUCGAAUUGUGGACCAUCGACAAAAACAUAAUCUUCGAUAACAUUCUGAUCACGUCCGAUGAAGCGCUGGCUGCUGAAUUCGCUGCUGCUACGUUUGAAGUCAAGAAGAAGUACGAGGAAACCCUGGAACGAUUUGAAUCUCCAAACGUCGGGUUCUUCCAAAAUCUCGUCGACGCCACAAAUGAAAAGCCAUAUCUUUGGGCUGUUUACAUUUUGGUGGUCCUGAUACCAGUGAUCGCUUUAUCCGCUUAUUUCUUCGGCCACAAAUCUCAACCUACUUAUACUGAGACCAAGAAAGAUGAACCAGAAGAUGCCGAACCCGAGGAGGGAGAGUUGGAAGACGAUGUGGAGGAAGAAGGAGAGAUCCAGAAGGGUGAAGCGGAAAAGGAAGCUAGUAAAAGUCCAAAACCAAGGAAACGAGUUGUCCGCAAGGUUGACGAGUAAUCUCACAUGCCUCUAAGUCAAUAAUAAUCUGCUUUUGUUUAGUAAUUUUGCGGUCUAA